AUGAGUAAAGUUCUUCUAACAGGGGGCAGCGGUUUCAUUGCCGCCCACGUCCUGAGCACUCUUUUGGAACGCGGAUACACCGUCGUCACCACCGUCCGAUCAAAGGCCAAAGGUGAUCAAAUCCUCGCAGCACACAGCGAUACCCCUCAAGGAAAGCUUUCCUACGUUGUCGUGAGCGACAUUGCCCAGGAAGGUGCUUUUGACGCUGCUGUUCAAUCGGAACCUCCAUUUGACUACGUCAUCCACACAGCCUCACCGUUUUAUCAUAAUUUCGAUGACCCUGUCAAAGAUAUCUUGGACCCCGCCAUCAUCGGCACCACUGGUAUCCUGCGGGCGAUCAAGAAGUUCACCCCUAACGUCAAGCGCGUAGUCGUAACCUCCUCCUUCGCAGCUAUUGUAAAUCAGACUGCCCAUCCCAAGGUUUAUGACGAGACUUCGUGGAACCAGUUGACCAAGGAAGAAGCGGUGGCCGACCGCUCCCAAACUUACCGCGCUAGCAAGAAACUUGCGGAGAGAGCGGCGUGGGAUUUUAUCGUGAAAGAAAAGCCCAACUUUGACUUGGUCACAAUAAACCCGCCUCUCGUAUUUGGCCCCAUAGCUCACCACCUUGAGAACCUCGACAAGCUCAACACCUCAAAUCUGAGAGUCAGGGACUUCGUCCAAGGGAAGAUUACGAGCAAUGAGCUACCUCCAACCGGCGUGUUUCUGUGGGUCGACGUGCGUGAUCUUGCACUGGCACAUGUGAGAGCGCUUGAGGUUGAUAAGGCUGGCGGCAAGCGCUUCUUUGUCACCGCUGGUCACUUCUCGAACAAGGCGGUGGUGGAUGCGAUCCGGGAGACCCAUCCGGAGCUGGCCUCCAAGCUCCCCAGUGCUCCGAUUGACGAUUUCCCAGCGGGCGUCUAUGGAUAUGAUAACUCUAGGGCAAGGGAGCUGUUGGGGAUCGAAUUUCGCUCGCUUCAAUCAUCCAUCGGCGAUACGACGACCUCCAUUCUCGAGCAUGUCCCAAGCGAACCCCUCGAUGAUGAUGCGUGGCUGGCAGCCCAGACAGCAGAGUUGGUCACUCUCAACCAGAAAACGAACCAUGCGGCCCUUCUACGGCACGCAAAACAGCUUUCGGGCGGCUUGGAAUGUCGUCUAGAUGGCGAAGAUCCUCUGGGACGUCGUCGAAUGGGCGGCAUGCAUAUUCAUCUUCAGCUUAUAUUUGAAGACGGGACUGUCUGGCUAGCCCGAAUCCUGCGAGAGACCUACACGUCUUUCAGUGAUGAACUCAGCAAUCAGAUCUUGCUCAGCGAAUGUGCGACACUUCGAUGGCUGGAGUCCCUUGACGUACCGACACCGCGACUUCACGCCUAUGGGCUGCGUGGCGACCCUCGAAACGAAGUAGGUGUCGCUUAUAUGAUUAUUGACAAACUUCCUGGCCAACCUUUCAACUUGUCCAUAGCCUCGGAGACGCAAAAGUCAAAGGUGCUGAGUCAAUGGGCUGACACCCUCUGCAUUUUGAGCAAGCAUCCUCUCGACAAGAUUGGGUCCUUGAAGUUCGACACAAAUGGGGCAAUCGACGUUGGCCCCAUUGCGAGCGACAGGACUGGGACUUUGCCUUGCAUAGGUCCCUUCGAAGGGGCGGAAGACUUUUAUAGCACGUGGGCCGAAACGUAUCUCGAACUCAUCGCCGAUGGUCAACUCUUUUCCUCGUAUUCGGUUGAUGGAUACAUAAAGUUCAAAUUCCUGGCGGAACAGGCAAAGGCAGGCUCUUGGCUCAAAAAAUGGCGGGGUCUCAACUCGGGGCCUUUUUUCCUAAAACAUACAGACGACAAAGGAGACCACAUUCUUAUAGACGACGACUUUCGGAUCACCGGCAUCAUUGACUGGACUUUCGCGAGGGCGGUCCCAGCAUACGAAGCUUUUGGCCCUUCCCUUGUGUCCUCGAACACUAGUGAUCUCUUCACAGGAAAACCAGGGUUGAGUGAGGAGGAUGGAAUCUUGGGUCGAGAGUUGGAGCGUCGUGGGGCUCCAUACUGCUACUUUGAAUCAGAUAGGAUGCGGCGGUUCCUCUUUGGUCUAGGGAUGGGCUUGGGUCUCACAAGAGAUGAGGCGAUUGACGUUUUCCGAGGUCUUGUGGCUACCUUCGACGGUGCCAUGCCCGACUGGCAAGAAUGGCGGCGAGCCAGCCUAGUCAAGUGGGCCAAUGAUGCUCGACUGGCCGCCCUUUGCCAUGCAUCGCAAGGAGGCAUACCCCUCGGUCCAGCGGUUCAUGCGGUGCCUACACCGGAAGUUGAUGAUGCCACCUGGGAGAUGAAUAUCAAUAAUGAAGUUGAGGCGCUUCUUAACCAGGUGGAUGUCCCCGAGCUUGUCCGCAAGGCCAGUUCACUUCGCGACGGAAAGCCCUGCAAGUUCUAUCCCGGAAAGCACCUGGGAAGCGGCGCUAUCAUGGGCUGCGCAAAUUAUCAUGCGUGGAUUAUCUUCGAUGAUGGAGUUAAGUGGCUUGUUAGAAUUCCUCGGACUGCAGCGUUUAGCGACAUUCCCCCAGAUCUCGUCGAUUACUUGGUUGAGAGCGAAUACGCGACCCUCAAGUUCCUGGAGGACCUCAGCGUGCCUGCUCCCAGAGCUCACUGGCUUGGGCUUUCUUCGGACUCUGGUAACUUGGUCCGGGUAAGCUACAUACUCGAGGAUGCUAUGCCUGGAAAUCCCUUCUACGCUCAUCAGGCAACCGCUCAACAGAAGUCGCACAUUUACAACCAAUACGCCGACAUCCUCAUCGACAUUAGUCGCUCCUCUAGAGACCAGGCUUGCUCCCUUCUUCCCCAUGGUAAGGAGACCGAAGAGGCGGCGAUCGCGAGUAAUCGGUUCCUAUCACUCGGAAAACAUGGACCCUUUGCGGAUCCACUUGACUACUUUACUUCCAUCGCAGAUCUUCACCUUGACUUAAUUUCCGAUGGGCAACUUUACCCGGAAUACCCCAAAGAGGCAUUCCUCUUCUACAGACUACUCAGAGACCGGGCUGCUUCGGCUCUAGCCGCGGCUACGACGUCCACUGGCGGAUUCUUCCUCAAGCACGUUGACGACAAAGGGGAUCAUAUACUUAUUGACGAGAACUACAACAUCACCGCCAUCAUUGACUGGCAGUUUGCACGUUUCGUCCCGGCGUGUGAGGCCUUUGGGCCUUCUCUAUUCACUGCCGACCUGGGCAAUCUGUACAGUCCACUUGCAGGACUUAGCACCGAUGAUAGAACUCUAGGAGAAGCUCUAAAGCGGAAGGGAAGAGGGGACCUCGCGGAAUUUGCCAGUGGAAGCGAACUUGCUAGGCGGUUUCACUUUGGGCUUGCUUCGGGACUUUUGCGGAGCGAAGUCCUAGGAAUGAUUAGGGGCGUACUCUCUUUGCUUGAGGGCGAGGUGUCUGAGGAGGGACUGCAGGAUUGGACGGAAAAGGAGUGGAGUCAUGCGGUUGGCGAUCCACGCCGUGAGAAAAUUCAGGAAUUGAUGGCAGAACUUGAGAAAGAGAGACUAGAAGAUACAGCAUAG